CUGGGCCUCCUGACACCUCAGGGCUGAUUCCCGAGCCUCCAGACCCUUUUGAUCGACAUGUUUCCCAUUCCUUCUCUCCCACCCACAGAGGGGGUGACACCCCUGAUGUCAGCAGUCUGCUGUGGGGCAGUGGAGUACAGGACUUUCCUGGAAAGCCCUGAGCCCUGGGAACCUCUGUUAGAUGGAGGGGCCUGUCCCCAGGCUCACACCGCGGGCACUGGGGAGACCCCCCUGCACCUGGCUGCCCGGUUCUCCCGACCGACUGCUGCCCGCCGCCUCCUCGAGUCUGGAGCCAACCCCAACCAGCCAGACAGAGCGGGGCGCACCCCUCUUCACACCGCUGUGGCUGCUGAUGCCCGGGAGGUCUGCCAGCUCCUACUCCGCCACAGACAGACCUCAGUGGAUGCCAGGACAGUGGAUGGGACCACGGCCCUGAUGCUGGCCGCCAAGCUGGCAGUGGAAGACCUGGUUGAAGAACUGAUUGCAGCCCAAGCAGAUGUGGGGGCCCGAGAUAAAUGGGGUAUGGAUCUGGGCGUGUUGAUGCCACAGAGAAGUUGAGCG